AUGAGGACAGAGGAGACGAGGAGAGAGGAGGCGAGGAGAGAGGAGAUGAGGACAGAGGAGGCGAGGAGAGAGGAGGCGAGGAGAGAGGAGACGAGGAGAGAGGAGAUGAGGACAGAGGAGACGAGGACAGAGGAGACGAGGAGAGAGGAGAUGAGGACAGAGGAGGCGAAGAGAGAGGAGACGAGGAGAGAGGAGACGAGGAGAGAGGAGGAGAGAGGAGAGAGGAGAGAGGAGGAGAAGGAGAGGAGAUGA